AACGACAGAGCUGGGGGAUCUUUGUUGCCACAGAGUUCAUUGUUUGCUUUGCUAAAAAGAAUGCGUCGAUCCAAGGUCUUGCCAAGGAGAUUGAAAGACUCACUCGCGGCAAAGAACCAAGAGACGCCGAGUCUUCACCUCCUCGGACUAUGCCGCACCGUUGGGACAACGCAAACCUCUCCCCUUCCUUUCAAAGCCCGGCCGGGGAUAAGAAUCCCACUGGUUCUUGA